AUGUACAAGUUAGUACAUAAGUGGGCUUGCUCUUGUGAGGUUUGCCAGCGUGUGCAGCCAGCUCCGUCGUUACAGGCGCGCCUUUGUCCGCUACCGAUCGCUACGGAGGUUUGGAACUCCGUGAGCAUGGAUUUCGUGUUUGGUUUACCCGCCGAUGCGCAGGGGCGAACUGGCGGCUUGGUGAUCGUUGACAGGCUUGGUAAGAUUGUGCAUCUUUCACCUGUUGUGGCGUCCAUCACUGCGGAGGAGACAGCGUAUCUCUUCAUCGAUAUGGUAUUUCGACAUCAUGGCAUGCCUGCCACGAUUGUUUUAAAUCGAGAUACUUGCUUCAUUACUGCGUUUUGGUCUCGGCUAUUCGAGAUAAGCGGCACCCGCCUGAUAUUGUCUACAGGUGCCCACCCUGAGACGGAUGAUCAGACUGAGCGGGUCAAUCGUGUCUUUUAG